AUACUUAGGACAUGUUAUCAGGAGUUUUACAUAUUCUGGACAUGUUAAUGCCAGUCAGUCACUGGAGAACGGCAUCCUGCUUAGUAGUGAGGGUCAGCAAACAAAGAAGUCCCUCGGUGAGAUGGAUCGACAGAGUGGCUGCAACGAUGGCAUCAAACAUAGCCACGACUGUGAGGAUGGCGCGGGACCAGGCAGUGGGUACAUGGUGGCCUUUCUGCGUGGGAACCGAGUCGAUGGAUGUACCCAACAAGAACAGCGUUCACUGGUUGAAGUUUCCACCUUUUGGCUGUUGUGAAAAGUGCGAUAGUGAACUGGGUCCUUCUUUGGAUACAUGGGAUUUCUCUUCGCCUUUCUUAUCAUUAUGGAUAAACCGAUUUUACAUAUAUCUGGGCUUUGCCUUUGGCAUUGGCCUUUGGAUUUGUGCCCACAUUGUCAUCAAGAAGCAGGACAAGAACCCACCGGAGAAGGCGGGUCCAAAAGCCCCUUGGGGUCUGGUGACGCCUGGCUCUGCCCCCCAUCACAAGCAGGAGGUCUUGGUGUCGGGAGUGAAGAUUUUCUAUGCAUCCCAGACUGGAACUGCCAAGGGAUUCGCAGCCGCUCUUGCCGAAGCGGUCGCCACUCUCGCCCUGCCCGUGACCGUCAGCGAUCUGAAAGACUACGACCCGGAUGACCACCUGCUGGAGGAGGUGACCAGGAAGAACGUCUGCGCCUUCCUGCUGGCCACCUACACGGAUGGCCAGCCUCCCGAGAGCGCCCUCUGGUUUUGCAAGUGGCUGGAGGAGGCGGCCAGCGACUUUCGGUUCGGCCGAACGUACCUGAAGGGCAUGAGGUACGCGGUGUUUGGCCUAGGGAACUCUGCCUACAGGAGCCACUUCAACAAGCACACCUCCUCCUCCUUCAGAGACCCCAGGUCCCCUGAAGCUCCCAUCUCAGUCCUGUCCUGUGCCGUGGUCUACACACCCCGCCACUUGGCGUCACUCGUGAUGGCAGCUGCCCUGUCCCAGCAGGAGGGGCGCCUGGAGAGCUGCAGUGAGGAGAGUGACCCCGACGACCCCCCGAGCCUCAGUCCUGUCGUCGACGUCGAGGACCUGGGCCACAUCGUGGGCCGCGUGAAGAAAGGAAAGAAAGACAAGGAGCCGUUGGAAGGGAGCAGCCAUGUGCUGGGCCGCACUGGGCAGCCGGAGGACCUGGAGAGACGAGCGAUGAUCACGCCCGCCCUGCGGGAAGCCCUCACGAAGCAAGGCUACCAGCUGAUUGGAAGUCACUCGGGUGUGAAGCUUUGCCGGUGGACUAAGUCCAUGCUCCGGGGCAGAGGAGGUUGUUACAAACACACGUUCUAUGGCAUCGAGAGCCACCGCUGCAUGGAAGCCACUCCGAGCCUGGCCUGCGCCAACAAGUGCGUCUUCUGCUGGCGGCACCACACCAACCCAGUGGGCACUGAAUGGCGGUGGAAGAUGGACCAGCCUGAAAUGAUCUUGAAAGAAGCCAUCGAAAACCAUCAGAACAUGAUUAAACAGUUUAAAGGCGUCCCUGGCGUCCGAGCAGACCGAUUCGAGGAAGGGCUGGAGGUCAGGCACUGUGCCCUGUCCCUGGUGGGCGAGCCGAUCAUGUACCCGGAGAUCAACAGGUUCCUGGAGCUCCUGCACCAGCGUGAGAUCUCCAGCUUCUUGGUCACCAAUGCACAGUUCCCUGCGGAGAUCAGGAGCCUCAAGCCUGUCACCCAGCUGUAUGUCAGUGUGGAUGCCAGCACCCAAGACAGCCUGAAGAAGAUCGACCGCCCCCUCUUCAAGGAUUUCUGGCAGAGAUUCCUCGACAGUCUGCGAGCGCUCGCCGAGAAGGUGGACGAGCUCCAGGCCUACGCCGAGCUGGUGUCCCUGGGGCACCCCGACUUCAUCGAAGUGAAGGGCGUGACCUACUGUGGAGAAAGUUCUGCCAGCAGCCUGACCAUGGCCAACGUGCCCUGGCACGAGGAGGUGGUGCACUUUGUCCAGGAGCUGGUGUCCCUGAUCCCCGACUACGGUGUCGCCUGUGAACACGAGCACUCCAACUGCCUCCUGAUAGCCCACAAAAAGUUUAAGGUUGGUGGAGACUGGUGGACGUGGAUCGAUUAUGACCGCUUCCAGGAGCUCAUCCGAGAAUACGAACGGAGCGGGGGGUCCAAAACGUUCAGUGCGCAGGAGUACAUGGCCCGGACGCCUCCGUGGGCCUUAUUCGGUGCCCACGAGAGGGGCUUUGAUCCCAAGGACACCAGACAUCAGAGGAAGCACAGACCCAAGAAUGUUUCUGGCUGUUGAGAUCAUCUGACUUCUGCGGGCCCAGAAUUGGCUGCCCAGAAGGUUCUUGGACUCCUACCCCCACCCCCCGCCCCAAGGACAUAUGUCACAGAUGACAUUUCAUAAGGGAAAAGGCUCGAAGGUGAAACAAGGGGACAGUCCAGUGCCCGGAGUGGGAGUGAGGUCGUUUUGUUUUGUUGUGAGGGAGAGAUACAAUCAUUAAACUUUAAUCGGAGUAUGUUAGAUUUUACUCAGUAGAGCUUCUGACGUGUUGUUCAUGAGAGCACAGGAAAGCACCAUCCAGGCUGCUCCCUCUAGCCCGGCCUGCGGCCUCGGAGGGAGAGCCACUCUGAUUUCGCUACCCGGAGGGAAAUGUGUCUUUCUGAGAGACGCACCGGGCCCCUUCUUCCCUCUCAACCUGGCAUCUCCCGAACACAGAAGCUAGGCCGUCUUAAUUGCUAAUUAUUUUACAGCAGCCACUGCUUGGCUUUUUUUUUUCUUUCUUAGUACCAAUCCAUUAGGAAAUUGAAUUGAAUUUCAGCAUCCCUCCAUCUUACUCAGCCGUCCCCUUCCUCCACCCCCACCCCCACCCCCCGCCACAGAAGGCAAUUUAUGGGCUGGAUUAGAGGGACCAAGCUUUUCUUCUCUGAAAGGAAUCACCGUACAAGGGCACUGAUAAAUUAGUCCAACAAACUUUGCAACAAUGGGAUAUCCCGUUUUGUUUCCUUUUUUCCUGUUGCAUUCAAGUCUGGCCCCCCUACACAGUCCGCUGGUCUCCCCUCCCCCCACGCCGCUAGCUCUGGCCAUUUGACUCUAUCUGUUCUUUAUGGUUUAAGUUUUUCUCUAAGUGGAAAUAUUAUGAAAUAAGUCAUCUUUCUUUUCUCUCCAAAAGUUAAAAGAUAUUUUGAAAUUCUUUUACCCUAAAAAUGGAACUAAUAAAGUACUCUCUUGUAAGGA